AUGGCCUACGAACCUGACCCUCUAUGCAUCACAACCAUGAACUGCAGGGGCCUAAAUAUCCCGGAGCGCAGAUCGCACCUUCUCCGAGAGCUUACCUCUAAGCGCGUAUCGAUUGCUUUCCUACAGGAAACACACUUUAAGGAAGGACAUGCUCCCCGUUGAAGAGCAAACACUACCCCACUGCGGCUCUCAGCAACCACCCGACUGCACGUAAGGCUGGUGUAGCAGUUCUCACCCAUGCUCAACUACAGUUCCAGGAAGUGGAGCGACUGGUUGACCCUAAUGGCAGAUACCUGUUCAUUAAGGGAGACAUACAAAACCGUAGGUACACCCUCGUGACGAUAUACGCACCAAACAACAACCAAUCACACUUCAUACGUAAAUCUCUCUCCAACCUCUCCUCAUUCACGGAGGGCACGUUAAUCGUUGGAGGAGAUAUUAAUGUUCCCCUCAUCCCUCUCAUAGAUUCAUCCACGGGACAUAGCAGCAUCACCCAAGGAGCCAUCCGAAGCAUUCAAAAAACACUAAAGAACCUUAGGCUGGUGGAUUGCUGGCGAGCGAUGCACCCGGCAGACAGGGAAUACACUCACUACUCGGUGAUACAUAAGCGAUACGCAAGGAUUGACUACAUUUUCCUUCAACAGGAACAUCUUGACGCUAUCCAAACAGCAGAAAUCGGAACAGCAAGCUGGUCGGAUCAUGGUCCUGUGACCCUGCAAAUGGACUCCCCUAGGGUACGCCCAACCACUAGGUCGUGGCGACUCCAGGACUCAUUACUCUUGGACCCAUCAGUGAAGGAAAAGGUUUCCGAGGAACUCACCUCCUAUUUCACACUGAAUGAGACAGGUGAUCUUCCCGCGACCACGAUAUGGGAAGCGCACAAAAGUGUGCUCAGAGGGACACUGAUGCACCUAGCUUCUCAGAAGAAGAGAGAAUCUCGGAAACAUAUAACAGACCUGCUAACGCGCAUAACUACGCUUGAACUGCAACAUAAACGUUCACAACUCGAGGGGACGUAUAAAGAAUUAUUGGAAGCUCGAAGAUCUCUACAUACACACAUGACGAAACGACACUAUAGCUCCAUACAACGAUCGAAGGCCUUCUUUUACCAACACGCCAACAAAGGAGGGCGACUGCUGGCCAGAAUGCUUAGAGGCCCCCAAGGCAUGACCCAGGUACAUAAACUACGGACAUCAGAUGGCACGAUCACACAAUUCCCGGACAAAAUAGCAUCCGAGUUUCGCACAUUUUACGCCUCGUUAUACAACAUCCCGGGACCCACACUACCGGAGGAG